AAUAUUCGAGGGAAGAUAAAAGAAAUACUAGCAAAUUUUGGAUGUGAUGUUGAAGAAGACAAUCCUGUCAUAGUGACAGACCGUGGGAGUAACAUGAUUGCAGCAUUUCGAGGAGCUGAAAGCAUUCAUUGCAUCAACCAUUUACUACACAACGUUAUUGAAAAAGCAGUUAAGACAGUACCUGAACUUACUGAAAUGGUAACAAAAUGCAUUUUUGCCCAACCCGUUGGAACACAAUAUUUUAUCUAGUUAAAUCAAUAGAGGAAAAUUGGUUCGACAUAGCAAAUAUUCUGAAAGAGAAUAAAGAAACAAGCAGAAUAGAAAACCUCAAUGUGAACCAUUUAAGUUGCGUCGCUGGACUUUUAGAGCCAUUUGAUUAUGCUUCUAAAAAGCUUGAAGGGAGUAAAUUGCCCACAAUACAUUUGAUAAUUCCAUAUGUAAACAAAUUGAAAAAGUCCUGUUCUGCUGGUGAAAAUGAUAUCGAAUUUAUAACUCAAGUAAAAUCGGUUCUCCUCAAUGAAAUUUUGGCAACAGUUUUCCCACAUUUAACAAAAUACCACAAAAUUGCCCAUUUUUUGUUUCCGCCAACAAAUAAACUACUACAAUUUUCUUCGGAUGAAAAACUACAAGUUAUCAGAAAUUGUAAGGAAAUAAUGACUAGCUUUAUUGGAAAUAUGGAUGGAAAUAUGGAUGGAAAUAUACAAAGCAACGACAUCUUGGAAGAUAAUGCGUUCGCAGAUUUUAUCGAAAUCAAUCAUGAAGGCAGCGCCAUGGCUCAAGUGGAUCAGGAGAUUCAAACACUGAUAGAUUCGGGAUCUGAAUGCUCUUUUAUAACUGAAAGACUUAAACGCAGAAUUAACCUGCCAUCAAAACGCUUGCAUGCUCAAGUCUCGGGCAUCAAUAAUUCAAUAUCUGCGCAGAUAAAGGAAGCGUGCGCCAUUCAAUUGCGGUCGCCCACAGACCCAUUAAUAAGCAUAGAUGCUAUUGUACUGGUUUUACCAAAAUUAACAGGAGAUCUGCCGACUUGCCAAUUAACCGCUUUUUGGGAGUUGGAGGAUAUUCCUAAGAAAAAAGGUCUUAAUGACGACGACAACGAUUGCGAAGAACAGUUCAAGACUACCACCGAGAGGAAUGCAGAAGGGAAAUGCAUCGUGUCUUUACCCUCCAGAAAGGACUAUCCGAACAACAUUUCCAUAGAACCAUCGCUGAAAGGCGCCUGCUCUCAGUUCUACCGGAACGAGACGCGCCUAGCGAAAAACCCUGUCCUGAAAACGGAAUAUAAUCGGGUUUUGAGGGAAUAUGAGACAUUAGGGCAUAUGUCUAAAAUAUCUGAUAAC